GGGUUUUAAACGGCGUUUGCUUUAAAACACCUUAUUGAUACAUCUGCGGUAAAUAUCGCGCUUUCUGAAAUACGAUUGGUCCACAUGUCAUCGCGGUUGGUGCCUAGGAAACCAUACAUGCACAUCGCGAAACGCAUCGCGCACGAACUCGCUCGCGGAAAAAUAAUCACUAUGAUAUUUGCCGUAAAUAGAAUAUGAAAAGAAAAGCUAUGGCUGGACGCGAAUAUUCGAAACUUUCGCAAGCGGAUGAAGAAACAGGCUGCCAGUUCGUCAGACAAGAGAAACAUCGACAUGAAAAUGACGCGAGGAGAAGAUUGGUCACCGCGUGUCUGUUUUGUGUAGUAUUUAUUAUCUGCGAGGUUACAGGUAAGAAAAAAAUUACAGACUGCCGAGGAAAUAAUAAAUGAAUGAUAUGAGCACUAACCAUUUCCAUACUUGCCAUCUGUGUUAAAAAAAGUUAGUGCCUUGUCUUUUCAUUCGGCUGAUCGAUUAGUCAACUUUAAAAAUCUUUCGAACAGAAAAACGGCGAUUUGUUUCGAAAAGUAAAGCUUUUAUGAACAGAAGUUUACACUUCCUUCAAAAUGAAAGCAAUUUAGCGAUCAACAUAAUGAGUUAAUUAUAUGCAAAAUUGGUUUGUGAUAUGUGGUAUUUUCAUGUUAUGGUCCACGGAACUUCAUAUCAACAAAUACUUUGGUGUGAAUUUAAAACUCUUGGAUUUACCUUUGCCCAUGGUUUUAUUAAAUUUAAAAAAUAGUCAAAAGAACAAAAAAAAUUAAAUAUAGAGGCAACUUCCACGAAAGUUUCGAAAUUUUGUUGUUAUAAAAUCCUUUUUGGCUUCCCAGAAGGGUUCUUCGCAAAUUUCAAGGGAAGUGAAGCAGUGAAUUAAAACAGCUUUCAAGCAAACGGAAGUAAAAAUAGAACCGACUGGAAUUAAAAUUCUCUUGAAGAGGUGUUGAAACCGAGCCAUUUUUUGAAAUCGUUUGCUGAGUUAAUAGACAGGGAAUUAGGUUAGGACAAGGUCACAAAUGCAUCGUCAGAGAGUUUCUCCUAAUAACGAAAAUGACACCCUCGAUACCAAACAAAUGAAGAAUAUUUUUACCACGGUAAAAAUGUAUCUUCAGCACCUGUUCGUAAAAUUAUUCUUUUUUUAGGCUGUGGGUUUACAGAUAUAAAGCUGACACGCUGGUAUGAAAAAGGCGAAAAACGGAUAACUUUAGCAUUAAUAGCUGUAUUUGCAGUCAUUGACAUUUCAAGACAAACAACUCACAGCUAAAACAAAUUUAAAUUUAAAAACAUUUAGCCUGACUUUUAAAGGAAACGCUUCGUUAUGAGAGCUAUUCAUCAGCACUAACCUGUGAUAAUGUACUGAACUCCUUCUUAUUUUUGAACUUGACGAUAAAAAAAGAACGCCCAAAAUUUUACCUCCCCCAACACUAUGUUUCUGUUUAAAAAAUAUGCAUUUGUGUAUAUAAGAACUAAAAUGAUAAGAUGAUCAGUAAACAGCUAGAAGUUUACUGGGCUGUUUAACAAGACGUCUCUGUUAUUUUUAAAACUUAAGUCAGUUGCCUGUGUUUGCUCAUCCCUUUUUACCUCAGAAUAGCAAAAAAAAAAACCCUGAUAAAAGUUUUUCGACGUAUAAACUGAAGAAGGAACCGAGAAUAACUCAAAAUGGUGAUCAAAGAAAAAAUAAGCAAAAAAUAUCAGAUUUCGUUUAGUAAAAUCCUGAGAAUUAAAUGUUUUGCAUGUCCCAAACAGUUCCGAUCAGUCAGAUCAGAGGGUAAACUGCCGCUUAUAAGCCCCCCAGUUAUAAGCGACCCCAGUUAUGAGCCCCCUCGGUUAUAAGCUCCCCAGUUAUAAGUCCCCCUCUGUUAUAAGCUCCCCAGUUAAAAGCCCUCCCCCCAGCUAUAAGCCCCUCCAGUUAAAAGCCCCCCCCAGCUAUAAGCCCCCCAGUAAAAGGCCCAUCUACCUGUAAGCAAAAUAACACAUCCGAUUUUAACCCCCCCCGGAUAUAAGCCCGUCCGUUUAUAAGCCCUCCAAAAACCCCUUACAAAGAUGUGUAAGUUCAGUUCUUGUAAUCGGCAGCUUACAAAGAUAUGUAAGUUCAGUUAUUGUAAUCGGCAGCUUAUGGUGCAAAAACUCGGCCUCCCCGAAUAAACACAGAGCACAUCUUCACAAGCUAUCACGCUUGCUGAGAACAGAGAGUAUAGAAUGGAUUGCAUUUGCGUUAAGUUGUUGUUAUUUUCAAACGCAGGUGGUUUAAUUGCCAACAGCCUGGCCAUCAUGAACGAUGCUCUGCACCAGUUUUUUGAUCUAAACUCUUUGUUGAUGAGCCUCGCUGCUUCGUGGAUAGCACGAUGGAAACCAAACCAGAGGAAAACAUACGGCUACUACAGAGCUGGUAAUUGUUAACAUACACACGCCAAGAACGCGCACUAAAGUGAUUGAAUCCUCGAUUGAAAUUAAAUACUUUUCACGAAAAGGCCUUAGUCCUUAGCCUUACAUAAAAAUGCACUUUAGGCUGAUCCGCCCUUCCAGCACGUGCAACGGGGGAAAGGGCGCUUAAAGGAGUGCUUUACACUCGCCUGGGUAGUUAAGGCAACUAAAACGGCUUUGACCGUAUAGAGAAACGACCGCUAGGCCAUUCUGAUGAGCCUCAAUAAGGGCGAAGCAGCUGUCUAUUGCUGCUACUGCCCUGGUGACAUGUCUUUGCGCAUGCGUUAGGUACUGGUGGGUUGGUGUACGUGUGUCACUUGGUUUUUAGAGCCCACCAUGGAGCACCAUCAUGGUUAAUCAACUACCAAAAGAAGGUUGUCGCAGUGUAGCAACCGCCACUUGUGAAUUUCAAGUCACACACACAGAGUGUGUCAAUGUAUUUAGCACGAAAGUACUAGUAAGGACAAUGUUUUUACAUUCCCUACUGGGGACGGGACCCGGCUUCAUAAUGGGCCGUGGUCAUACAUCCGGGCCACCCGAAGUCGGUUAAAACUUUGAAAAUGCUCUGCUUUUAUAAGCGUUUAGUGAAAUCGAAGUUUUAUGCUGCCUAUUUGCGCUGUAGUCUUUAUGCUCAUACCAGUUUUCUUGUCGGUUCAAGUGUACUGAAAAUAACUCGCGCGUUUAACAAAGAUAAAAGUGAUAUAUAAAAACAGGCUACCCAGUUUUUCCUUCAUUAACGACUUGCUUGAUAAACGUUUUUCACAGAAAUUCUUGGAGCGUGCGCCGUUAUUCUGACGUUAUGGCUGCUGACCGGAGUGCUGGCGUAUGAAUCAAUCCUCAGGUUACUCCCAGGUUCCACCGGUCAUCAUAGUCACGUGAACCCUAAUGCAAUGAUACUUACUGCUGCGCUUGCCUUUGGUGCUAAUAUUGUGUAAGUACGUCUUAACACUGAAUAGGCACUAAUCCUAACUGUCCCAUUAUCAAAGUCCUUUUGGUGGCAAGGAAAUGUUCUAAUAUAAGAGAAGUAAUUAGCCUAAAUGACGCAUUUUUGCCACAGUAAACGUUCCUCUUGCAGUUUUGCUGUACAAUUAACUCUUUCUUAACGAACACUAAUCUAAAACUGUCAUGUACUAGGUGGUUUUAACUUUUGAGUUUGUGGAUGAAAUCCUCAAAUGUGACCAUUCAAAUGAAAGCUACUUAGCAGCACUUGCCUGUGGUACUGUUUAUUAUGCUGUACAAGGUGGUUUUAACUUUUGAGUCUGUGGAUGAAAUCCUAAAAUGUGGCCAUUCAAAUGAAAGCUACUGAGCAGUACUUUCCCGUGGUACUAUUUAUUAUGCUGUACAAGGUGAUUCUAACUUUUGAGUACAAACGAAAUGAAAUCCUCUAGUGUGACCAAUCAAAUGAAAGCUCUUUGGCAGUUCUUUCAUGUGGUACUAUUUGUUUUUCAACUCUCUACAAAAUGAAACUUGAAUAAUUUGUCUAAUUUUAACUUUGGCCACCUCUUGCAGUGAAAGUUUUUAAAACGUACGGGUUGUUUGUCAAGUGUAAGGCAAGAUGGUUACAAGGCUAGCCCUUAUCAACAUUGAUCGCAGGAUAUUUACAUUUUCUUAACCGUAUAAAUGUUAAAGCUAAACAUACAUUUUGUAUUGAGUCUUUUUAUAAUCAAAAUAUUUACAACUUUUACAGAUUGAUUGGUUGAUUGAUUAAUCGGUUCGAUUAAAUGUAUUGUUUUUUUCCAUUUGUAGAAUUAUUUGUUUGUUGAAUGUUCAUUCACAUCAUGGUGACCAUCACUGUGAAGCAAACAUUACAGUCAAGGCUGCAUUUCUUCACACUUUGGGAGACGUGUUUCACAGUUUUGCCGUACUUGUGGGUGCAAUUCUCAUUAAAAUCAAUGUAAGUACACCCGAAGCUGGUUAUCCAUAAUUCAGCUGUCCACGGCUGUUACUGCCCGCGUGAUAUGGCUAUGCGCAUGCGUAAAGUACUGCCUGGCCAUUCCGCGAAGUUGGUAGUGUGUACUUCUUUGUUAAAUUUGGUUCUUAUUUAUAUGACGUCUGACUGAAGCCUUCGUACUAGUAAUUGUUUCCGUUCCAGCUUCGUUGCCAAACCCGGAGCAAGAGCAACAAAAUCGCGCGGAAACGUUUGCUAGCUAGUCUGACAAGGGCUUAAGGCCCUGACACCUUCACAACUCAUUAUACGUUGUCCAUUGAAAUAAGAUAAAUGUGCUUUUCCAGUCUAUGCUCCACGCCUCUCUCUGUCGUGGUUACAACAAAUUAAGUCGCUGGCUUUAAAUAUAUAUUGCUUUUGUCGAUUCCAGUGUCAAUCUUUUGAGGAUGACUUAAAAAAUGAUGAGUGAAAAAUUGCGCAGACGCAUCAUUCAUUCCACGAUGUUCUCUCUCGCAGGGGAGUAUGGGACAUACUCUCUUGUCUAGCUUGUCCCUUUGUUUCUCAUCCUUUAUAUUCUUCUUGUCUCUCUAUAAAUUAUCCGCCUUUUUGUUUCUCCCUUCAUUUUCACUGGGAGUUUAGAACGGAAUCAGUUAUAUCAGUUGUCGCUGUUUACUGUAUCCUCGUUUCGAAAUAUUUGCCUAACUCGUCUUGCUUUGCUUUGCAGCCGACGUGGGAAAUCGCUGAUCCAAUUCUUAGCUUAUUAGGCGCAUGCGUGGUUCUUGCAUCUACUCUCACUGUUCUUAGAGACUCGAUCAAUAUCUUAUUGGAAGGUAAGAGUAAAUAUUAGGCAUCCUGUAUUAACGUUAAGCUUUGCGGGUAAAUAUUAACAAGUAUAGAGCCUUUCCACAUGUGGUCACGGCGGCCAUAUCGGUGUUGCAAUCAAAUCCCCUAGGAGUUGAACUCUUUUCUUAUGUAAAUGCAUUCUUUUGUUCCAAUAAAUUUGCAUAGACCGGCUGGCCAAGUGAGUGAAAAUGCUCUCUUCGGAUGCUAAGUGGUGUGAAGCAUAGAUUAUGGUGUCAGAGGUGGAGCGUUUAGCCCCAGGUAGUUGCGCCAUAGGGCGGAGAAGAGGGGAUGAACCUGAUUUCACAGGAAGGGUUAGGAGGGAUUGAGCUAGAUAGAUAGCCAUCUGAACCUAAAGAAAAAUUUUGAGUACGUACUUAAAGAACCUACAAAAUGAUUUAAUGUCUAAUCAGUGCAUUUUUCCUAUUUCGUGUUUCUUCAGGGGUGCCUUCAAACAUAAGACUUGCUGAUGUCAAAAACGAUCUGACGAAUACUGAUCAUGUGCUUGGUGUUCAUAGUCUACAUGUCUGGGCACUUACAACAAACAAGACAAUAAUGUCAGCUCACGUGGUCAUAGGUAUGUAAAUUUAACAUAGUCGCCGGCCAUCUUUCGCUCUUUUGCGUUAGUUAAAGUUUUGGCCAUGUUCACACUGGCUGUGUUGAGGCUAGACAGUCCGUUCCAAUCCUUUUGUGAUUUAUAAGACUCCAGGCAUGCUGCGCGCGCAGACCUCGGUGUAGUUGUGAAAACGUUCAGAUCGUGGGGACUGCUCAAAGAGAUGUGAGCACAAAAAAAGAUAACUCCUUCGCGCCACACUCCACUAUCCGAACGCCUGGAACAGGCUAGUCGUGAUACAAACCAUGUGCUUAAUUACCUGUAACGCUUUGGAGCGAGUUUCUCAUCGUAUCAUAAGUUUUUCAGAGCUGGUACAUUUCAAUUUCCACCCCGACAGUGAUUUAGUGUUUCUUUUUUUGAGAGAGGGGGGGAUGGGGGUAGGUUUUUCCUGACAAGUUGAAGUUUUACUAAGCCUUGAUGAGAUUGUGACUCGUUGUGUUGAUCGAAAUCGUGCUGACACGUGCAAGUCUGAUUCUUCAUUAAAGUUGUGUUUUUAACAAUCUGCGUUUGUGUGUGAGGCGCGUUUGGCCCCCGGACACGCUGUACCGGGUAGCUUUUGCGCUGGCACAAAAACGCCAGUACCGAAGCGAAACUGCGCCGCGCCGAUUUCGAAGUGGAGCGUCACAUAUCGGAUAGGUUCUGUGCCACACAUUGGUGUAGUGUGAACAAGUGUGAACAGGUAUUCGGGCGGUAGCGGAAGUGAAUAAGUUCGAGCGAGGAUUGGAAUCCACUGAGACGGAAGUAAAUAUUCAGGAGUGAGGACUGGGAUUUAGUUCACCAAGCCCUCUCGGCCAAUCACUACAGUUCGAUGUGCGUGAACGACUUGUUUUAGUUCUGUACCGUUGCUGCUGAUACUACAAGACCGUCAAUUUCUGAAGCAAUGUAAAAACAGUAAAAAUCAGAACUUAUUCCAGGGUUUUAGGGACCUUAACCUAAUAGUCCUAAUCAACGCACUCAAGGAAAAUCAGUCGAAAUCAGCCAGUCUUGGCCAAUGCCUCAAGGAGGUUUCGUAGUGCUCGAAGGCUCCAUUGAAUGUGAGACUUGCAUCUGUCAGAGGUACAGUGAAAUUCCCACUAAACGGACACCCGCUUAAGACGGACACCUCAUUAUUACGGACAGUUUGCUUUGUCCCUGGGGUAAGAAGACCCUAACAUUUUCUCUUAAUUCAAACCGCUUAAUACGGACACUCCGUUAAAACGGGCACUUUCUAUGGCCCCCUUACUGUCUGUAUUAACUUGGUUUGAUUGUACUUGAGGAAUAAAAAGUGAUUCGUAGGCAAACUGAAAUUUGCUUUCUUCUUUUUCUACAGAUCCCAGAGCGGAUGUGAACUCAUUGUUAGAGGACGCAACGAAGACAUUGUCAGAGAAAUACAACUUUCACAAGUCUUGUUUACAAGUGGAAAUUAAACGAACAGAAACUAGGAGUAAUUUCCACCAAAAUAAUACUGGAUUAAUGGCCGAACAAUAGACUAAACAAAGAAAUUAUAUAUUUUCUCGCUUAUUUGCGAAGGAAACUUUCCUCUUCCUACUGUUUUUUUCUCGGUUUUAAGGGAUCCUACUUCUGGACUACAAGGAUCCCCACUAGGGACAAUCCGGUAUAUGGAUGGUUAUUUUCGGCAUCCCACAACUCGUGAACACUUUCAAUCCCGAAUCUCGCCACCAGUUUGCUUUAAAAUCCCGGCGAAUGCCCUCCUUCAAAUAAGGCGAACUCCGUGUCCCGAAAACCCUUUUGGAGACCCUCGACUACCGUAGCUUGUGAUCAGGCCUUCUGGUUAGAAAUAGAAGAGAAAAUCCCUUCCCAUUACUAAAUUUCUUCCCCUCACAUCUCGCCUUUUCAGCCUUGUUCCCCAAGGAUAGCCGGUUUACAGGCUGCCUCCAUUUGUACUACCAGAAGGAAUCGUUUUCAGAUUGCAAGAUGCAUGUAAGGAAAAUAAAACCGAGUUCUUGAAACUCGAAAAGUGAACCCAGAUUCUGAGUUUGGAAAAUGUUGCUUACAAUGCCCGCAUAUAAAAAAAGUAUUUCUUUUGAGCUUCUCGUGAAAGUUAACCCAGCCUGUUAGCUCCUGUUACAGGCCAGUCUCAGAUGGUAUAAGUCGAUAAAAGGACUACUAUCAGAUAGUAUGGGCUAUUCGGGCGUAAUUUUACGCCUGCUCUCGAAAUAUCGCCACUACAAGGAAGCGAAAUUUAUGAUCUUGAGAGGUGUCGGCAAUUUAAAUGUUUAGUGCCCUUGGGAGGCCGUGUUUUUUCUCCUGAUAGCUACAUGUAACUGGCUGUGUCGAAAGUAUGUCCACACGUCUCCGUCUAAGUUUGUAGAAGUAUACUUUCAAAUUUAUGCGUCAUGGCUUCCGUCAGAAGCACCUAUAUGCUUCUGCUUUCGUCCAAAAGUGAAACCGAUCUCUUCAUAGAAAUAGAUAUAUAUUAUUAAACGCAAAAAUACGUCUUAAUAGAAAAGUUUGUAUUUUAGCCGCGGGACUUGCACGUACGUAAAAACCUCGAUAUAAUGAAGGGCCAAGGGAUUGGCAAAAAUAUGUUCGCAAAACGAGGUUUCGCCAGUGAUAUUGAGGCCCCGGGGGGUACUCCCUAAUAUGGGCUAUAUAGGUAUGUGCGGCCCCAAAGGGUAGGGUUUUUCAGCCGUUUUGGUCAUAAACUGGGUAUCGAUUUUGGCUAUUUUGCCGCCAUUUUGGUCAUAAAUAGGGUAACGAUUUUUGCACUGUAGUCUUGAAUGCACUUUUUUAGAAGAAGCUACUUCCUCAUCAUGUCCCCCUAACCUAAUAAAAGCAGAUAAACAUUGCCUUUAACAUUGGCCUGAACUAGGGAAAUAAUUAUAAGGCAGGUCUGAAACAGGGUAUUGAUUUAAGGGUCAGGUCAUAAAUAGGGUAUCAAAUUUUUGGUUAGGUCAUAAAUAGAGUAGGGAAAAUCGCAGAUUUUGGUCAUAAAUAGGGUAAGGGUUUUGGGAAGCGGGCCGCACACCCCUACCCAAUUUUUCUGCGAGUACCCCCCCGGGUAUUGAGGUUCUUUUCCAUAUAUUUUGCUAUAAAUGAGGCGAAGGGCAUCGUUUGCUGUAUUAAGGACUCGUAAUACCCUUGGUUUCACCGUAGACUGAUGCAGUUUUUGCCGAUUCGCUGCAAUAAUGUUAUUGCGUUGAUGCAACAAUUCUCAUGUGCUUAAGGUAAUGGUGUUUGAUACUCCUUGAGGAACCAUAACGACGUACGUUUGUAUGUGCCUAAUACUCAAAUUGCUAUGAUAUUCCUGAAUUCAGCGUGAUUUUGAAUCCUUGUUUAAGUAAUACAUAGAAUAGUAUGAAACAUUAUUCUAAAAAAUGAGUCGAUCAAAAACUUUCAAUUUUCUAGUAAGCUACUGCCACGCUUUCUUCUACGCGUACGAGGCUCCAGAAAUUAAUCAAAACUACGUCUUUUAUUUGCCAAAGUGCUGUUUUUGACGGUUGAUACGUUAAGAACAAAGGCUUCAAAAGUCACGCUUUAUUGAUUCUUAACAAACGUAAACAAUACAGCGAAAUUAUCUUAACGGCAGCAUAAAAAACUGCGCGGUUUUUCCUGAAAUUAUCAUUUUAUGUCGAGCGCGCCAGCCUAAUGGACCAAAAAAAUGUAGGCAGCCAGGCAAGGAAGAAGUGGCUUGCUUGCAAGCUUGCCAUGAAAAAGUCAUAGCUUGGAAAAUAGAAUAGCCAAUAUACUGAUCAAGAGGAAGGUGAAGGAUUCAAAAAUAUCUGUCUUGGUCGACUGACCUCUCUAAGAUACUUUCGUUAACUUGUGCAGAGUUCAUCUAUAUCCCGAUUGGAGCAACUUGUGGACAAUUUGGUUGAUAGCCACGAUUCAAAGGCUAAAAAUUCCAAAAGGUAAGUUACUCUCCGGUUUAAAAGCAGGAAUUAUUAUCAUUAUUUAACAAUUUUUAACUGAAAACGGUUUUUUCAAACAUUAACGGUAACGGAUGAUGUUGUACUUAAGCAUGAGUGCAUGUUAGUGUACUGUAUGGAUUGGCUCGCAAAAAGUUCGGUCGCGUUGAUGGAAAAGCAAAGUUGAUUUUUCUUUUUGUACUUCAUAAGUAUCUUAAACUUCAUUUAAAUUUUGCCUUUUUGCUGUCAAGGAAAUAUAGAGGCAAAAUCAGAAAACUGUAUGAUAAGAAUUCGAAAAAUCAUUUGCACACCAUGUGACUGGCAAGUUAGAAUUUAACCGCUGUUAAAAAGUUUCUCUCUUGAAAUAUAGUUUCAUAAAGUUUUUCAGAGAAAGGUCUGCUGUAAUUUCUUUGAUUUUUUCAUAUCCUACAAAGUCGGCCCGAAUGGGGCGCCAAAUUGCAAAAUGACCAAAAAAUUUAACGCAUUUGUUUACAUAAUGCCUUUGUUCUUUUGUCUUAACUUGGAUAGAUGCAGUUGAUGGAAAACGUCUUAUUUUACAAUAGAAAACAGAAAAUGAAAUAUGUUAGAUGAAUGAAAUCAAUGCUUUUGAUUGUAUUUUCAAGAUAUCCUUGCGCCAUAUACAACAUAUCAAUAAAGUAGAGACCCUUUUCGAAUGUCUCGUCUGCCUUAUUAGUAUGCUAAUAAUUAGAUCAAAUAUGAUGUCACACCACACCGCGUUUUCAUUUUGGCGGGAAAUGCAUUUUUCUUAUACUGAUUUCGACGAGCACAUUUUAUUUUCUAGAAUUCACGUCUUUGACGGGUAGAAAAUAAAAAAAAAAGUUCCCUAUUCAUUUCAUAUCGGCUUUCGAAAUUUGCAUUCAGAGAAGAGUAUUCGACUUAAGUUCUAUAUACCUUUACAAUAAUUUCUCGCACAAAAUGUAAUUAUGCGUGAGGCUCGUUUUGCAGCGCGCUUCUAGCCUUGAUUUUGCAAAAAGUCGAAACUUAGUGGAAAAGUAUUUUCUCCUUUCUCGUAUAACCGUCUUUUGUUUCCUUGUUAGCUUGUUGUUAAAAGCUCUAAACUCUAAAUUGAACACGAUUGGACUAACAUUAACUUUGACUUUCUAAUGAACCGUGCGGAAUUUGCAAAGUUUCGCAAAAAUUGAAAAUUAAUCAGAGAUUACUGAAAUAUCUUAUAAUUUCAACAAAAAGUUCGUAUCAGCAUGUUUGAACUCAACAAAAGUACAUACAGUUUUGUGAAGAAGUUGGUACACUAUUAUGGAUGUUGUUCAAGAAAUGCUGGCUGCCCCAGCAAACAUUCAUUGUCUGUUUUUGGAACUGCAGAAGUCUCAACAGCGGUAUAAUUAUGUGCAUUUUUAAAGUACGCUUUGAACUCCGAUUUUUAAAAUUUCUAUCAAGGGUAUAAGAACUUAAAAACGUCAAUAAAACAAAAUAUAUGAAUAUUGGAGGGAAUCUCUCAAAUUUCGAGUGACAGUUUGUUCUGUUAAAAGCCUCAUCAGUUAAAAAAUAAGGCAACGCAACACAAUUAUUCUAAUGCUGGGUAAAUAUUAGUAGAGUGUAGUUCUAUGUUGUCUAAUUAAAAGUUUUUCGUAUACUUGGAGUAGAGUAGUAUCAAAAAAUGAACAUAGAGAUCUGACUAUGUGUCAAAUGAUCGCCGUGUAGGAGGUUAAAAACAAUGGGAAAUUAUGAAUUAACUUCUCCUAAAAAUGUCGUCACGAUCGCUUACAAGAGCCUGGUCACAGUGGUGAUCAUUUUUUUCGAGAUGUUAGAACUACAUAAGGCUUUGAAAGAAGAUUUUAGUCUAUUGGAUAGCUAUAGGUAGUCGCUAUCGGUUAACGAUAGUUUGCCUUUUAUAGCGGAGCUUACGCGCACGCGAAGAGCGCGCAGCGGAGCAUCAUGGGAAAAAAUGGUAACCUAUACAUGAUUGAAAUUUUGGUGAUCACGUGAUCGUUAGUACGUCCGUCCACCCCCUACAUGUAACCAAUGUUAAAUGUCACAUUUACUACAAGCACUGUACCAAAUGGAAGGAGCCUUUGAACAUGAAAAAUGACAAUAGCUUGUCAGUUAAAUAUGCCAUCCAUAUGAAGAUGAAUUGACAGCUGUCAAAGUCGAGUCUUUUUUCCGACUAAAUUUCUACAAACGUGGAACACAUACGACAUUUCCUCCGUAAAACGUGUAAUUGGGAAGUUUCACGUUGUAGUCGUGCAAAACAACGGGAAAGAAAUGUACAAAAAAGGUGUGCUGCACGUGCAAAGUUGUUUUUUGCUCAUUAGACCUAUUGUUUUGUCCCCUUUUUUGCCUAUCUAGUUGCCUUUUUGCCAUUUAGAAUUACAUAAUUUUAUUUUUGUUUGUGUAAAAUGUAAGUACAUUAAAGAGAACGUCGCUUUUAGCCCUGGUGAAGCCUAUAUAUUACGGCUAACUACUAGUUUAUUUCCUUUCCGGUUAAAAAAGUUAUUUGAUAAAAAAGAAAUAUUUUUAUUGAUAUGAAAUAUAAAUUCAAGGUCCUAUUAUGAGACAAAUAUAAGCCCUAGAAGGAAAGUUAGAGUGCGCAAAGUUUUUUCAGAUGACCAUUAAUACUUUAAGAGUUGACUUCAGCUUUUACGAUUGACGGUUAAAAUUUUUCAGUGGCCGUUUUGAUGGCUAUCGGAUAAUUUCAUGGAGACUCUUUCUCCAAAUUGGCGCAUCCCUCUUCGACGAACUCAUCUCGGAGAAAAAAAAAUCUUAAAUACUGUCGAACCUCCAUGUGAGACCACCUCUCGUAAGCGACUACCUAUCCAAAACGCCAAAAUUUUCCCAGCGAAAUCAAUACAGUUGUAACCUUUUGUGAAGGACCACCUCUCGUAAGCGACCGCGACCAUGCACUUAAUUUGGGGAUGACGGCGUUAGAAUUUUCCGUUGUUUUUAUUCUCCUAUAACCGACCACUUAAGUUGUAUGUACUACACUAAUAGGAGAAUGAGAUGUACUUUAAGUGACAACAUGAGACUACACAUAUCGUUAUUUAGAAACUGCAUGAAGUGAGUUUUCUUGCAAAAUUUAGAUUCGCUUAGUCCUCUUCCUCAUUGUGGUUCGAGUCUACUAAGCGACCACACCUCCGUAAGCUGACCACUAACUCUUCGCAUUUUGGGAGGUUGCUUACGGAAGGUUUGACUGAAUACGUUUUCACGUUUUUGAGACGUAGCUACUUCAUCAAUACCCGCUUCCGUGAGAACUGGCAAAUUACCGUAAAUCCUCUAUUACCCCCCGGGAGGUUAUUUUUUCAAACACAUUUGAGGGGGGCGCGGCUUAUUAGAGACUCGGGGCUUAUUUGAAAGGAGGGAGGUUAUUUAAUUUAGCAAAGACGAUGGCUUCAGUUCUACGUAAGGAACUAGAAUGCAAAGUGGAAAAGAUCCAAUACAAGAAGUUGGAGGUCAUGCAGCCCAGGAUCAAAAACAAUGCCGAACUUCCAGCUGGUAAAUAAACCAUCCGGGAUCAGUCCACACGACGUUCUACAGUCGUGAUCGAUUAAAACAGACUAUCAUUGAUUAGUGAAUAAUAAUAAUGAUGAUCAUGAUAAUAAUAAUAAGGGGGAGGGAGAGGGGCUUAUUAGAGGGGGAGGGCUUAUUUGAGAGGGGGGCUUGGUAAAGGAUUUACAUUACUAUUGCAAAGAAAGUUGAAUCCUUUGUUUUUUAGGACUGCGGAUCACUUGACCAUGAUCGUCGACAGAGAGCUUGUUUUAAUUGUCAGCCUCGUUCUAUCAGUUAUAAUCAUCUUGUACAUCAUCCUUGUAAUGAAGUUCGUUCUGAGAAAGGCCCGACAGAAGACUAAGAAGGAGUACGAUGAGCCGGCGGCAACAUCCUUUCUUGAUCACCUCACCGUGUGGUAUCCAAGGAAAUUCGCGUCUACCAAAUGCAUUCCAGUACAGCCUAGAACAUAUGAGGAACUACAAAGGGUAUUUAAUUUUGUUUAUUGGCAAAUCAGCAGGCAACACUUUUUAAUAAAGUCCUUUUUUGGGGGGGGGGGGGAAUUCCACCUCCGCUCUCUCUCAGUAGCGAGCUCAAGGAAUCACGAUGGCGACGGCGGCGUAAACUUCAUUUUUUUUAAAAAAACAAAAUGUGUUAGGCGAAUAGCCCGGGCUGUGAGGGUAUGGUUUUCAAGCAGUUUACUCUAGGAUAGGGUAUAUAAAUCAGAACAUUUGGGGCUAGAAUAGGGUAUCAUUUUUCAGGAAAAUGAUCAGUUGGUUGAAGAUUUUAUCUAGACUAGCGAAACAGCUACUCUAGGAAGGGGGGGAUUUGGGGAGUUUACUCUAGUAUAGGGUAGCAAAAUUUAGCUGAACUAGCUCUGGUAUAGGUUAAGGGUUCAAGGGUCCCAGCGGCACAUCCCCACCCAGAAAUUCCUAAAGUACCCCCCCCCCCCCCGGGGUGAAUAGGCCAUUUACGAAUUGCCCUAAGCCUCUGUUUCAAAGCGAGGCAAAGUGCGAAACAGGCAUUAAUAUGAACAUGAAUUUUUAUACUCAUGCAGGGUAUGAAGUGAGAGUUUUUUAAACUCGGAAAUAGCCUAUUGUAUAGUAGACUGCAAAACAGUCCGUAUUUUUGCGUAUUCAAGUACGCGCGAGCAGUCAAACAAAAGGUCUGGAAUGAGGCUGAAAACAGAGAGCGAGAAUGGGGAGAGACGCUCUCACACGCCCUACGGGCGUGUGAGGCUCGCGCGCGUAAGACUCUUACGCCACGCUUUACCGAUUUCUUUACUGAUUUUGAGAAAAAAACCGACUGUUUUGCAGUCUAAGCCUAUUGGGGACAGGGGCUUUUUAUAUUUUGCAGCCCUCAAGUUCCUUUUUCCUUCGUUAUUAAUAUAAAAGUGAUAUGUGACACAAGUGUAAGAUUAUUUGCAGAGCGAAGAAAAGUUAGCAGAAACAGGACCUGCCACCACCUCACCUGACAAAUCAGCAGGGAAAAUAAAGUUCUCUCUACAAUACGAUUCAAUGAGGUAGCUGUACUUUCUGUUAUGAUAGACCUUUGCAGUAGUCCUGAAGAAAAAGGCAACAACUCGAUGUUUGCUGGGCGAGAAAGUUCUGUUAAAAAUGUUUACGCUUGAUUAUUUGUUGUUUCCUAAUUCCUUAAAGUCGAAUUAAGACUUUGUUAAGCAGAAGUUCCUGACCAAAUGCUAAAACAAAAAACCCGGGUUUUCUUUUUGUCUGUAAUUGUCAAGUUCGGUAGCUUGUGAGCCUCGAAUCAAGAUGUGAGGGUAAGGGAGAAGGGGAACAUCCAAGAACGAGGUAGUCUAAUUUUUUUUUCUCUGCCGGUACUUUUGGGCCCCCACAUCCUCAACGGCAAGCAAUGUGAUUUUUAGUCCCUUUGAAUCGCAAAAUUCAUGGACCUCAGUAUAAAUAAUAGCUUCUAAAUAUUUCUUAAUAAUUUUUUAUUGAGAGAAGUGAAAACAGGGGAAUAAAAUCCCCGGAUCGAGAGUCUUUCUGUCGAAACCAAUUUCAUGAUGAUGCUUUUUAAAGGAGCUAUGUCAUACAUUUCGCUAUCUUUUUAAAAAGCUAAAACUUUUCUCGCAUCCAUUGAGUUCUGUGAGUUUCAAAAAUAAUGGUCAAGUUUUGUUAUUUAAGACUCUAUUUAGGUACCUUAACUGUUUUGUGUCACCUAUUGCAAUGGAUGGCACGGAUGCACAUGGAUUAAACUUGAAAAAGUUGGGUCAACGUAACUUUUUCAAGUUUCAAUACUUUGCCUACAAAAAUCACUAGAAAAAUUCAUUAUGGUUAGUGCUCUUCUGAUGAAAUUUGUUUGGUAUCUUCUUUAUACAGCUAUUUCGAGAAAGGUUGUCGGAAAAAUGUGCACGCGACAAUACCGAAUUGUAAUAUUGGAUAUUAUCAAUACACUGUUCCUGACACCGUAGCUGUCGAACCUACUUUUAUUGCUUUCCUUUGGCACUUGCAAACAUUUGUCCGUCGUUUCUCGUACCAUUCUUUCAAAUUUCUUUGAACAACAGUGAACUUAAAACUACCCACAAUACCUUUCGGGAUUGUCGCGUGCACUUUUUCCGACAACCUUUCUUGAAAGAGCUGUAUCUCUACUGGAGGGUUCGUGUUUAGUUAAGGGUACUAAGUAACGACAUCAGCACAAAAUUAACCUAAAACAGCAAUAUCCUCGAGCGACUUAGCAUUUAUAUCGGUCUCUGUAUUUGUGCGCAGGUCAACACUAAUGGUGAUCAUUCACAAGGUUCAGUUACACGAACUUCUUUCCAACGAAAACGGUGAUAUAAACUACUACGUUACAAUCAAAAUUCUGCCCCUUAAUCACCGCUCAUUCCAGACAAAAGCCGUCAGACAGUGCAAGAGCCCUGAAUUUAAGGAGAAGUUUGAGUUCCGGGUGGCGUACGAGAAGUUGCAGGUUCAGAGCUUGAAGAUGACGUUAUGUUGUUUUGAUCGGUUCUCACAACACGAACCCCUUGGCGACCACACCGUGCAUCUUGCUGAGCUUGAGGCACGCGGGCUUAGUCUGUCAAGAGAGAUUCUGCUGUUCCGUGACAUUCACGCGGUUCCAAAGGUAUUAUGGAAAAUGCGGGGUUUUUUUUAUAAGGAAUUUUAUCGUCCUACAUGUACAGUCAAACGUGUGUAUCACCUUUGUGCCGGCCAGUUAACUUUUGAAUGGGUCAGCUUUUGAAUGUAGAGGGGUAUAUGAAACGUUAUAGCCUGUACACAGACGUUGUUCUAUUUUUCUUUUCGUUCUUUUCGAAAACAUCAGCGAGAGCGCGAGAGCGAGAGGGACGCGCGAGAAAGAAACGCCUAUUUUCUUCUUCCCCAUGCCUACUCAUCCCUUGCGCUGGCGGUCAUUAAAUCUUUCAGGCUUUUUAGUUUUUAUCACGCGCGCUCGACGGACUUUGAAGAGAAAAUAGAGGGUCUGUGAACAGGCUAGAAACGUUAAGGAAAUCAUCUGCCAUUGUGAUCUGUAAAACAGGCCCAAGAGGGCUAACAGACGCAUUUUAUGGCGGUGAAAAAGGCGAGAAAACUUUCUCGUUUUGCGAUUUAAGUUCAUAUUUCAAAGUCAGUACAUUUACAAUAGUUGAAAGGGAUACAAACUUCUAAUUAAAACUAGGUAUGUGAAAGGGGUACCCUUAAUGCAAAAAGUGGUUUACAAAGGGGUAAGGGGUUUUACCUCGGGGCGGAGCCUCCCGCCUUAUAGAGGAUGAUUGAUGUAAAGAGCUUGCCUAGCGCAGAGAGCAAAGUGAUACCUCGGUAAUUUGCGACUUUGGAUCGAUCAUCCUUUUUGUGAAUAGGUACAAUGAGGCCAAAACUCCAAAGAGCAGGGUAUUUGCCAGUAUCUAAGAUUCGAUUAAAUAAAUUUACUAAAUAAAAACAAAACUUUGUUGAGUACCCCCCCACCGGGCUGUCGUGCAUUUACUUUUCGUCCCAUGUUUGUUUCUGAGAUCACCCAGCGUCCCCUUCAAAAGUUGGAAAUGAGGGAGCUGCAUAUAAAGAGAUAUUAACCCCAAAUAUAAGGAUAUUAGUGCCCCUACACUUCUAAAAAGAAAAGACAUCACUGAUCAUUACAUUCUCACACAAAUGUGUUCAUGUGUAAUAAUGUGGUACCGUUUUAUAAGACAAUGUUUUUUUUAGAAUGAAAUUAAUCAAAUAACUCGAUAGGGCCUGGAGUGUCUUGGUAUAACUCUGAGCCGCAAAUUUCCCCAGGAAAUCUAUUUUGAGGUGUCUUUUAAUUGUUUAUUUUUCAGGCUUCGGGUGUUCUCGGAGAACUCAUGAUCUCCCUGGGAUAUCUCAGACUUACAGAGCGACUAACAAUAGUAAUAAUAAGGGCAAGAAAUCUUCCGCAAGCUGAAGAAGCAGAACUGGAUCCAGGCAAGUGAAUGAUUUUAUUGCUGUAGAAAGAACCAACAGUCAAGUCUGGUUAGCAAAUGUCUGCUUGACAAAGAACUUGCAAGAAAAGAAUAAAGCAAGGUUACGGCCAGACAGUUAGAAGAUAAUUAACAAUUAUUGGACGAGGUUGAGAUAACUGAGUUCAAUAAUUGUUUUAUCAUUCGAUCACCGAGUUUAUUUUUUAAUCUCUUCGGGAAACGAAGCGAUCUGCCAUGUUUACACAACAGCGAUCGCAAGAGGGAGAAAAGCGUGGUUUCAUUUACGCAUGAGCAGAAUAUUAUUUGCAGCCAAACACUUAGCCAAACACAGUUGGACGACAUUGGGCAUGAGCAGACCAUUAUUUGUAGGCAGUUAUUUGCAGGUCACGUAAUGGGCUUUCGGCCAAUGAAAAGGAAGAAAAUUUUGCCUCGAAUGAUAAUUAACAAUUUUUGGAGGAGGUUGCGCAAAAUGUCGUGAUUUGUCUGUAGCAAGCAGAUCAAUUAUUUGCCUCAGCCUUCGGCUUCGGCAAAUAAUUGAUCUGCGAGACACUGACAAAUCACGAUAUUUUACGAUAAUCGAGUUCAAUAGUUGUUUUAUCAUAAGAUCACCGAGUGAUCACGCAAGAGUGAUCGCAAGAAGGAGAAAAGCACGGUUUCCUUUACGCAUGAGCAGAAUGUUAUUUGCAGCCAAACACUGUUGGACGACAUUGCACAUGAGCAGACCAUUAUUUGUAGGCAGUUAUUUGCAGGUCACGUGGUGGACUUUCGGCCAAUGAAAAGAAAGAAAAAUUUGCUUCGAAUGAUAAUAAUAUUUAUUUUCUUACGUUUUUUGAAACAAUUUGAAACUCUCAUUCUUCACCUUAAUUUGCCUUGUUUGAUUAAAAAUAUUGCAAGAAUCAUUAUUAUUUUUAACGCUAACUGGCCCUGUAUAAUUUCUUUCCUAGCUGCAUACGUUGAAGUGUCCCUCAUUCAUGAAAGUAGAGUACUAAAGCAGAAGAAAACUCUUACAAAAGACCCAAGUGGCAACCCAGUCUUUAACGAAACCCUGACUUUUCACAUACCAGUAGGAAUUCUCCAUCAAACAAGUCUUUUAGUGGCCGUGAAAAACGAAAAUGCUCAGAGGACUGAGGACCAGUUACUCGGGAGGAUAUUUCUAGGGCCAACGGCCACUGGGAACCAAUUUGAACAUUGGAACGAGAUGCGAAUCAACAAUAAGCCAAUAGCGCGCUGGCAUAAGCUGCUUGAUUGACAUUUGAUUGUUGCGCGCUGGCGCUCGACGAUAAUAGUGUCUUUUCAUGCGUAAUUUUGUAACCAUAGCUUGCCCAGCUCGGCGCUCGUCUCUCGCGCUAUGCCUUCCGUUUUGCGCUCGGUUAAAGAGCACAAGAUAGUGUAGCCGAUCGUUUAGCUAUCAAAGUUAGGUAGAACACUAGUGAAAUGAGGUCUAUUUAAUUUCUAUGUAGACUGCAAAACAGUCGGUUUUUUCUCAAAAUCAGUAAAGAAAUAAGUAAAGCGUGCCGUAAGAGUCUUAGGCGCGCGAAGCGCGCGAGCCUCACACGCCCUAAAUACGGACUGUUUUGCAGCCUAAUUUCUAUGGGAAAAAUGAGGCAAAAUAAGUUAGCACAAUAAACUUUUGUACCAGUUUCAUCAUAGGGUGCUUAGGGUGGAUGAUAGCAGCUCCCCAGACCGAAAAAAUAGUGUAGUUUCCAUGCGCUAGAGAAGCAGUUUAAAACAAUUUUGGCUAUAACACUUUGAGCUGAGGAUAGAAUUAACGUCCUUAUUUUGAGAAGAUGUUAGCCUCAAAAAGGUAAUUAUAAUGUUCAUAAAUUACACGUGUAAAAUUAGGAUUUAGCAAGCCUGUACAACUUUUACCUCAUACCCUAAGAGGAAGCCAAGGAAGCUUCAGCGACAACAGUGCAUGCUUCAAUGUUUAGCCUCUCAUUAACUCUUGUUUUCCAAUCACCAGUAAUUCUUCUAGAUUUCCCACUUGAAGCACAUUGAAUACAACGCAGUAUUGGCUAAACUUCCAGCCUGAGCUGUGUUAUUAAGAUGUUCUUAAGCUUUUUAAGAUUGUAAACAAAGGUUUCUAUGACAAAAAUAGUGUAAAAUUGUUCAUCUUGAUGAAAAGCGUCGACCUACGGCGUUUUAAAGUUAGUCCCCAAUGCGGGCCUACGAAAGUUGACAGUUAAGAUUAACAUUUUCAAACAUAAUUAACUAGACUAUACAUGUACUUGCUAUCUAAGAAAACCAGUAUCCUUGUCGCUUCCACUAAGAUGCUUGGAAUUAAAACUAAAGGUUCGUUGUGUUUUGAAAACGGAAAUGUACGUAAAAACAUCGCGCACAGCUGAAAUAACUGCAGCUCCCUAUUGUUAUUGGGACCACUGUGGGAAAAUGUUCCUCUAGGUCGCGAUUCUGAUUAAAUGAUGGUAUGAGAGAGUGAAAUUUAAUUAGGUUGAAUAAAACAUUGGUAGUCGUUUCGCCCCAUGUAAUGGAAUUUA